AUGAGCAAAGAGUUUAAUGAUAUUGUGAAGACAUGGGAAGCAACUGUUCGAAAAACUACUUCAAAAAAGAAGAGAGGGAACAUCAUUUUUGGACCGAAAAGUGUGGCCCAUGCAGACGAUGAGGACCACCACCAGCAUAACGACGACAACAACGAUAACGACGAUGAUAGUGAUCAUAUUAGUUCUACAUCAUCAGAGGUUUGCCAUGUUGACAAGAUCCUCCCCAAUGGUGACAUGUAUACCGGUGAUCGGCUCGAUCAGCUCCCCCAUGGCUAUGGCAAAUACUUAUGGACAGAUGGGUGCAUGUAUGUUGGUGAAUGGUGCAAAGGUAACAUCAUGGGACAAGGGAGGUUUAGUUGGCCUAACGGCGCCAAAUACGAAGGCGAUUUCAAGUGCAGUUUCAUGGAUGGAGAAGGUACUUAUGUAGCUUCAAAUGGAGAUACCUAUAAGGGUUCUUGGGUGAUGGAUUUCCGGCAUGGGAAUGGAAGCGAGAGCUAUUCCAACGGGGAUUCUUACGACGGCGAAUGGAAGAAGGGACUGAAACAUGGUUAUGGAAAGUACCAUUGGAAAAAUGGGAACUUUUAUGAUGGGCAAUGGAAGAAUGGAUUGUUUAGUGAAGAAGGAACAAUGACAUUCAACAAUGGUGAUAGUUAUGAAGGGUGUUGGGAAGAUGGUUUCCCUAAAGGGAACGGUACGUAUAGAUUCGCCGGCGACGGCGGAAUCUACGUCGGAAUAUGGAGCAAGGAUCCUAAGGAACAAAGUGGGACUUAUCAUCCAAAUGAUGAUGGACCAAAGAUUGAAUUGGACCCACGUGAAAUGUUAUAUGAAGCAUUAUCAAGUAGCAAAUGUGAGAUUCGAGUGUGUGAAGAGGUUUCAAUUUACCCUUCACAAAAAGCAUUGAAUUUGGGUGGGUUUGAAGAAGAAUAUAAAUGUAACAAUAAUAAGGGUUUGAGGCCAAGGUGGAUGUCAAUGGAUGCAAGGUUUGAUAAUUGUAGCUUUGAAGAAUGUGAUGAUGGUGGUAGAAAAUCAGAGUUUGGAUUUGAUGCUUUAAGUGAUCACUCUUCUGUUCCUAGUUGGCGUAAAUCAUCAUCACCUUUGUUGAGAAUUAAUGCAACUACAAGACAAGGUGAAACUAUAUCCAAAGGUCACAAAAACUAUGAACUCAUGUUGAACCUUCAGUUAGGUAUCAGGCAUUCUGUUGGAAAACAUGCUCCAAGUGCAUCACUUGAUUUGAAGUCUUCUGCAUUUGAUCCCAAAGAAAAAGUAUGGACUAAAUUUCCACCAAAAGGAUCUAAGCACACACCACCUCAUUCAUCUUGUGAAUUUAGAUGGAAAGACUAUUGUCCUGUAGUUUUCAGGGCUUUGAGAAAAUUGUUCAAAGUUGAUCCUGCUGAUUACAUGAUAUCAAUAUGUGGGAAUGAUGCUCUUCGGGAGCUCUCAUCUCCUGGAAAAAGUGGAAGUUUCUUUUACUUAACUAAUGAUGAUCGCUAUAUGAUAAAGACAAUGAAAAAAGCAGAAGUAAAAGUUUUUCUUAGAAUGCUACCGGCUUAUUAUAAACAUGUGAGGGGUUUUGAGAACACUCUAAUCACAAAGUUUUAUGGGCUUCAUUGUGUUAAACUAACUGGAACAGGACAUAAGAAGGUUCGAUUUGUCAUAAUGGGAAACCUAUUUUGUUCUGAUUAUGCCAUUCAUCGCCGAUUUGACUUAAAAGGUUCAACCUUUGGCCGUACAACUGAUAAAUCUGAGCAAGAAAUUGACCCAACAACAAUUCUCAAAGAUCUUGACCUAAAUUUUAUAUUUCGCCUACAAAAAUCUUACUUCCAAGAAUUUUGCAGGCAAGUGGAUAAGGAUUGUGAGUUCUUAGAACAAGAGAGAAUCAUGGAUUAUAGUAUGCUGGUUGGUCUUCACUUCAGAGAAACAACAAGUGAUGGCAGUGUCACACCUUCAUCAAGAGCUCUCACCCCAACUCCUCACUUUGACAAUGAUGCCCUUCGCCUAUCUUCUCUUCACAUUGAUAAUCUAAAUGAAGAUCCUAACCGGCCGAUUCAUCUUGGUAUAAAUAUGUCGGCACGAGCCGAAACGACGACGCGAAGAAGCAGCACAGAUUCCCUUGAGUUGGUGGGAGAACCAACCGGGGAGUUUUAUGAGAUUGUCAUCUUCUUUGGUAUCAUAGAUAUAUUACAAGAAUAUGACAUUAAUAAAAAGCUUGAACAUGCAUAUAAAUCAUUUCAAUAUGAUCCAACUUCAAUAUCUGCGGUUGAUCCAAACUUAUACUCCAAACGCUUUCGUGAUUUUAUUUUCAGAGUUUUUGUGGAAGAUACAUUGUAA